AUGAGCGAGAAGGCCAAACGUUUCUGUGGCUGGGCCGCUUACGCUGGCGAACUCGAGCUGCUCAAGUGGCUGCGAGAGAACGAGUAUCCUUGGGCUGAUACUUGCACGAAAGCCGCCAAGCGAGGUCACCUGCACGUUCUCGAGUGGGCGCGAGAGAACGGCGCUCCGUGGGACGCGACAGUUUGUAGCGGCGCGGCAUACUCUGGUCAUUUUCACGUUCUGAAAUGGGCGCUAACGAACGGCGCGCCUUGGGACGUACAAACUGCUCUCUCGUGUGUUCUUGGAGAUCAGUUGGAGACGGCAAUAUGGGCUAUCAGGCACGGAGCUCCGGUGGACGAGGAAACCUAUGAUGCGGCGGUAACACGAGGACACCGCUGGACGCCAUUUGCGGAGAAUGUGUGGGACAUACUCAUGGACGAUUGGUAA